AUGAACAGAUCGGUCUUCAUUUUUGUGCUAGCAAGUUUGGUGACAUUAGCACGGGGAAAUGAUUCAGAUCAAAUGCCUCUAAUGGGAGACAAGGAACUUCAACAAAUGAGCAACGCUGAUGUCAAGCUUCGGGCGUGUUGUGUUGAAAAAAGUGUUGAUGACGAAUGCACAAAUACAUUGUGCAGUUUAAGUGGUGUCGCUCGUAUGACACGUCCUAUGUUUUUGAGAAAUUCCAUGCACUGCAAUUUACAAUUAAACAAAAUUUGGAAAUGCGCUACAAAUAUGAAAGAUCAAAGAUCAUGCUGCUUUCAACG